AUGACCGUGACGGUGGAUUUGUUCAAUCAUGCGAAGGCGAGCAACAAUGAGGGCCGCGUGUGGUCUGUGGACGCCGCGACAUUUAAUGAGGUGCCUGAGGCGCAACGUGUGCUGGCGGACUCGCAGUUUUAUCUCGCCUACACCAUGAAGCGGCGUCACGUGCUGCGUGUGGUGAAGCGCUCGAACCUUUUGAAGGGCACCGUGCGGGCACACUCAAAACCCAUUCAUGCGGUGAAGUUUGUGAAUUACCGCAGCAACGUCGCAGCAUCGGCUGGGAAGGGGGAGUUCUUCGUGUGGGUUGUGACGGAUGAAACGGAGGCGAGUAACGGCAAGCCGGAUCUUGCAGCCCGCCUCACAGUGAAGGUGUACUUUAAGCUUCAGGAUCCUGUCACAAUUCCAUGCUUUUCUUUCUUUAUCAACGCCGAGAGUCAGCGGCCUGAUCUGCUUGUCCUUUACGAAACGCAUGCGGCAAUUCUUGACAGCUCCUCCCUCAUUGAGCGCUUUGACGUGGAAUCACUGGAGGCAACACUACAGCGGAAUUGCACAACUCUGCGAACCCUGACUCAAGCGGUUAGUGAGAACAGUUUAUGCUCCGUUGGCUCUGGCGGAUGGUUCACCUUUACCACAGAACCAACAAUGGUAGCGGCAUGCACAUUAAGAAACCGCAGCACUCCAUCAUGGGCGUGUUGCGAGGGUGAGCCAGUGAAGGCAUUGCAUCUCCUUGACGCAACCGUUGAGGAAAAUGUCAGUGUUCUCGUGGCCGCAUCUACAAAGGGGGUGUACCAGUGGCUCCUUACGGGUGUAGCAGAACCAAACUUGUUGCGCAAGUUUGUCAUUGAUGGAUCUAUUGUCGCGAUGGAAAGCUCACGAGAAACGUUUGCCGUGUUUGACGACAGGAAGCAGCUAGCGCUGGUGAACAUGCAUUCCCCUCAUAACUUUACCUGCACACACUACAUGAUGCCUUGUCAGGUACAGCGUAACGGCUUUUGCUUCAAUCGUACAGCCGACGGCAGCUGUGUCCUGGCUGACAUGUCGAAUCGAUUGACGAUCUUCCAUCUCCGGUCCUCCCGCAGGGAAGAACAGCAGCCAGGCCAAAAAUCAUCGGUAGUGGCGACGGCGAAACCGGGGUGUGUGUCCUCGGGCACUGACGCGGCGAGUAGCAGUCAUACCAAUACGACUUCUGCCGCUGCUGCAUCCCCUGCAUCACCCCCUGGUCCAGCGCCAGCGAAGGCUGCCGCGCCUCCUGCCGCGGCGCGAUCCGCUGAGCCGCACGUGGGGAGCAAGAUCAUUGCUAAUCUAGUGAAUCAGCUGGGGAUUAAUGUCACCCAAAGGAGCGUCGUCAGCACUGGAGCACCGGCCACGACGAGGUCUACGGCGGUGACGUCCACGACUACCGCCCCGCAGCGAACAAGUCCAUAUGGGCACAAUGGCCGACCUGUGACGGCUGGAUUGGUGGCAGCUAAUAGUGGUGCCAAUGCGGCCUCGUCUCCCACAGCCGCGGCGAAACCAACAGGAGAAGAAAAGGCCUCCGCGGCAUGUGACACAAGCUCCGUGGCGAUAAAUGCGACACGCCCGGCGCUUCACAACGCCUCUCUCCCGCAGGCGCCAACGGAUGGCGUGUUGGCGGCGGCAGUAUACCAGUCGGAGGGCGAGGUUCAUCAGUCGCUGGAGCGGCUGGAGUCCGUCAUAACCAACACGUCUCAGGUUCUGAAGUUGCUCCCUGACACCAUUCGAAGAGACCAUGAACAACUUCUGAAUCUGGGUUUAGAGGCACAGAUGACAGAGCUGCAGCAGAGUCGUCCAACACCGCAAACACAGCCGAGAGACACAAGCUCCGCGAAAUCAUCCGUGUUUGAGACGUACACCCUUGUUCUCAUUGCGGAUUCCCUCUCUCGCAACAUCACGAAGGGGGUGAAGCGUGGUGUGAACGAGGCCAUCAUGUUGCAUCUCGACCAUGAGGUGCGGCACGCCAUAGGGAACCGGCUUCGGCAAACACAAAAGAACAUCAUCAAGAGUCGCCUCGAUGAAGCAUUGAAGGAAAGCACUACACAGUUUACGGCUCAAUUGACGCAAACGGUGGAAAAUCUGGUGAAGCGCGAGCUUGCCGAGGUGCUUGGUAGCAUCAACGGCUCCCUCACUUCUCUCGUGAAGGAAAAUGCCUCAUUACAGAAAGAGUUGAAUUCCAUAAUGUCUAGUGGGGUGUUGGAUGAAAUGCGUCGUAUGCGGGAAGAGCUGUGCACAUUGCGAGAGUCCGUUGCGAAGCAGAAGGCAACAAUGCCAGAUUCUUCUCUUCACGCCACGAGCACCUUUCAAGGAAGAAGGUCUGCGCCCGAGACAAUUCUUGCAACCGCGUUAUCGAUGGCGCGAGAGCAGCAGUACCGUCAGGGACUGGAAUACAUGUUGAUGGCUCAGCAGCCCUCUCUCCUCCUGCGGUUCCUCAGCAUACUUACAAGGGAAAACGAAAACGCAUACUCGGAACUUAUUGAAAAUGUAGAGGCACCGAAUGACGUGUGGUGUUCAGUUCUGUUGCAACUCAUAGAGGCCGCGGCGACGGAGGCUGAGAAGGAGGUGGUUGUUGGCGUCGCCAUUGAUAUUCUCUCCGAGCGCGAUCAACUUGCUCAGGGCGGCGCACUCGGCUCGAAACUCACCACCGCCAUGCGAGCCUUUGAGCGACAGGCAAGGUCGGAGACAACGAGCAGGUCAUUCUUGCAAUGCCUGAAGAACCUGGAAAAGCUUCUGCAAUCAUGA